AUGGCCUGGAAUUCUGUCUUACUCAUGCUGCUGGUCCACAUCACAGGUUGUGGCUCUCAGCCAAUGCUGCAUCAGCCACCAUCAGUCUCUUCCUCCCUUGGAGCCACCGUCCGUCUCACCUGUACCCUGAGCAGAAACCUUAACAUCCGUGUUUACAGCAUUUACUGGUACCAGCAGAGGCCAGGCCACCCUCCCAGGUUCCUGCUGAGAUACUUCUCACACUCAGACAAGCACCAGGGUCCCAAGGUGCCCCCUCGCUUCUCUGGAUCCAAAGACAUGGCCAGGAACCUGGGGUAUCUGAGCAUCUCUGAACUGCAGCCUGAGGACGAGGCUGUGUAUUACUGCGCUGUGGGGCUCCGGAGCCAGGAAAAGGAGAAAGGAAUGGAAAGACUGUGGAGAGGAGAAAAGUAGCUUACAGAUUCUGGAUCCCAGGCUCUGGAGACGUUCAGACCCUGAAGUGAAGACUGAGUUUGCUUUGCUAGCCUAGGCUGGUAGAGGGAGGCAGGGUAGAGCAUGGGGCUUUGCCGAGCCAAGGAGGGAGAUGGAGCCAUCCAGCAGUGUUGUAUUGCAGUG